AUGAAGUUACUUGUUCUUGGUGCCACUGGCCCAACUGGACAACAGCUGGUCAAUGAGGCUAUUUCCCAAAAUCAUGAGGUUAUUGCUGUGGUCAGGAGUCCAGAGAAACUGACCACAAAAAGUGACAAGCUGAAGGUGAUAGAGGGUAACAUCCUUGACACAUCAGUACUGAAAGAGCACAUGCAAGGCUGUGAUGCUGUAUUGUCUGCACUGGGUGGUCGUGGUGGCAUAACGACACCUUGUGAUAUCUACACACAGUCUGCAAAGGCUGUGGUCAGUGCUAUGAGGGACACAGGAGUGAAACGGUUUGUGGCUGUGACAGCAUGGGGAACUAAAGAUGACCCUGGUCUUCCAUUUUUUUGGCGAUGGGUGCUAAAGCCAUCGUUUCUGCGAAACCUUGUUCGAGAUAUGGAGUUAUUUGAAGACUUUCUACUCUCUGACUGCAGCGACAUAAACUACACCAUUGUGAGACCACCAAGGCUGACAAACAAUCCAUCCACUGGUGCACGAAUUCUGACGCAUAUUGGUCAGUUUGUCCCUGGAGCAAAUAACGCCAUAUGUCGCCAGGAUGUGGCAAAAUUCAUGCUGCAGUGUCUGGGUACGCAAGAAUUUGACAAACAGAUGGUGGCAAUAGCUGGCACAGAUGUGCCAUAA